CAACGUUGCAGAGAGUGCGAGUGUAAAGUACUCUCAAAAGACAAAAACUCCUCCAACGCCGCCAUGUCGUCCAACUCCGUUCGGGUAAAAGAAGCCAUUCUGGUCAAACCGUCGGAGCCAACCCCAACCCAAGUCCUCCGCCUCUCCGCCUUAGACUCCCAACUCUUCCUCCGCUUCACCGUCGAAUAUUUGCUAGUCUACAACCCCCACCCUGCCGGCUUAGACAAAUCCAACACCCUGGCCCGACUCAAAUCCGCCUUAGCUAAGUCUCUAGUUCCUUACUAUCCCCUCGCCGGAAGAGUCCGGGCUCGGGCCGACGGGUCGGGUCUCGAGGUGGUUUGUCGUGGCCAAGGUGCCGUUUUCAUAGAAGCGAAUUCCGACUGUACGGUGCCUGAAUUUGAGAGAGCUCCCAAAUACAGUACGGAGUGGAGGAAGCUCUUAUCGUUACACGUGGAGGACGUGCUGAUGGGAGCACCGCCGCUGGUUGUUCAGCUCACCUGGCUAGAAGACGGCGGCGCCACCUUAGGCGUCGGAUUCAGUCAUUGCCUCUGCGACGGCAUCGGCAGCGGCGAGUUUCUCAACUCCUUCGCCGAGUUAGCCAGCGGAAACUACUCAAAGAGAAUAUCCUUAAAGCCAACUACACCGGUAAUUUGGUCUCGCCAUCUCAUGGACCCACCAACUCCAUUCAGACAGCCGCCGCCAUAUCCGGCCGGUCAUCAUCACCCGGAGUUCAAGAAAGUCCCCGACACAUGCGGCUUCCUUAACCGGUUCCGUGAAGAACGACUGGUUCCGACAUCAAUCACGUUCGACAGAAAAUGCUUGAACGAGUUGAAACGGUCAGCCGUUUCCACGUCAUCAUCGUCAACAACAUGCACGUCAUUCGAAGUGCUUUCGGCACACAUAUGGAGGAGUUGGGCUAAAGCAUUGAACUUACCGUCCAAGCAGAUAGUAAAGCUGCUGUUCAGCAUUAACAUUCGCAACCGAGUUAAGCCCAAUCUGCCCAACGGUUACUACGGGAACGCAUUUGUGCUGGGAUGUGCGGAAACGAGCGUGAAGGAGUUGACGGAAAACGGGCUGGGCCACGCGACGGAGAUGGUGAAACGGGCUAAAGAAAGGGUGGACGAAGGGUACGUGAGAGAGGUGGUGGAAUCGGUGAGCUGGAAGAACCGGGCCGUCCCGGACUCGGUUGGGGUGUUGAUUCUGUCGCAGUGGUCAAGGCUGGGGCUGAACAGGGUUGACUUUGGGAUGGGGAGACCUGUGGAGGUGGGACCCGUGUGCUGUGACAGGUACUGUAUAUUGUUACCGGUGAACAAAUGUGAGGAGAGAGAAGCAGUAAAAGUGAAUUUAGCUGUCCCCACUGGUGCUGUUGACCAAUACGUACAUCUGCUCACCAGGAGUCCAGUCAGUCCAGUCCAGUCCAGUCCAGGGAGUAAAAACAUCAACACCUGACCUGAUGACUUAGGCCCCCCAUUUCCCAUCUUGUAUACUGUUUUACAGGCUUACAAGUUACAGCUGUUGAAAAAGUACUCCCAUCAAAACCAGUAGCAUUUUCAAAUUUAUUUUUUUGGGUUAUUCAAUUUAUUUUUUUGGUGGAUUCGUUUUUGUUACUUGUCAGUAGGAGAAAGCUUACUUAAAUAGAGAUUUUCAACAUUUGAAAAUUAUGCAAAGUUUUUUUUAUCAGAUCUAAAUUACUGUUUUAACUCAUUCAAAUUCGAGUUAGGUUGAAAUUUGCAGUGCCAUAACCAAUACUAAUGCAAAAGUUAUAAGUUGGAUCAUGCUUUAAUCGUUUUUUUGGUGGGAGAGUGUAAAUUGUUUUUAAUAUGUAAACAGUAAAUCCGUAUUUACUACGGAAAGUUAUUUGUUCUACUAGUAGAUAUACAGUCUCUCUAAAAUCAGGGAACAAAGAUUGUAAAGUUUUUCACUCCUAG